AGCUUAGUUUUGGUUUAGAGACUCGUCGGUGCGCGCGACGACGGUUUUAAAAAUCGAGUUGCCGGAAGAGAUUGAAUUUUUUUUGGUUUUGCUUUUGAGCGAGUGAGAGAAGAAAAUUCUGUUGGAUAUCGUUUGCGACUUUAGGUUCCACCCGUGGCGCGAAGUAAUGAGGAUGAGGUGAAUUGGCUCGCACGCGCGCGCCUGUGUGCACACAAGCCAUCAGCCGUCUAUAGUACGUCGAGUAGCAAAAGCCGAAGCCGAAGAGGAAAGGCAGAGAAAUGCCGUCGAUCGAGCAGCAGCAGCGCGUCGACAGGUCGACGAGCCCGCUGCCGCAGAAACCACCACCGCCUCAUCAUCAGGUCACCAGUCCACUGGCUAGCAGUCCCGUUCAGGAGCUCAAAGCUCUUUUUGCCGAACCGAGUGUUCAGGCGAGCACUGGGAAACCGCCACAGCAAGAGUUCAAGCUCGAAGCGAUCGAGAGCUUGCAGCUGGAACGUCAGGACGAGGAUAUACCUGAGAGAGGAUCAUGGGGCAGCAAGGUGGAGUUCAUCCUGUCGGUCGUGGGCCUGGCAAUAGGUCUGGGGAACCUAUGGAGAUUUCCAUAUCUGUGUUACAAGAACGGCGGCGGAGCAUUUAUGGUUCCGUACUUUAUAGCGCUGGCAUUGGCUGGGGUGCCGAUGUUCUUAAUGGAAUUGGCCUUAGGACAGAUGAUGACCAUCGGAGGCCUCGGUGUAUUUAAAAUAGCUCCCAUUUUUAAAGGAAUUGGAUAUGCGACGUGUGUCCUAUCCUGCUGGACGAACAUCUACUACAUUAUCAUUCUGGCGUGGGCCCUCUUCUACUUCUUGGUGUCCCUCCGUGCCGACGUUCCAUGGAGGACAUGCGAGAACUCGUGGAACUCCAAGUUCUGCAUAACGCCACUCGAGCGUUUGAAAACUUCUUGCUGGUCGAGCUACGGCGACACGGUAUGCCAGACAUCCAUCGGAAACUUGAGCCACAAGCUGCUCAAAGAUCCGGUCAAGGAGUUCUGGGAGAGGCGAACGCUGCAGAUUUCCGACGGGAUCGAGGAUGUCGGUGGCAUCCGAUGGGAGCUUGCCGGUACCCUAGCUAUCGUCUGGAUCAUGUGCUACUUCUGCAUCUGGAAAGGGGUCAAGUGGACCGGAAAAGUCGUCUACUUCACGGCGCUGUUCCCUUACUGCCUGUUGGUGGUGCUGCUGGUGCGCGGGCUGACACUUCCGGGCGCCAUGGAGGGUCUCAAGUACUACGCGACGCCUAAUCUCUCGAAAUUGGGCGAGCCCGAGGUAUGGAUCGACGCCGUGACCCAAAUCUUCUUCUCCUACGCCCUGGGACUCGGUGCCCUGGUGGCCCUUGGCAGCUACAACAAGUUCAACAACAACGUCUACAAAGACGCCCUGAUCGUGUGCACGGUGAAUUCCUGCACGAGUAUGCUAAGCGGAGUCGUGAUCUUCUCGGUCGUGGGCUUCAUGGCACACGAGCAACAGAAGCCCGUCGCCGAAGUAGCCGCCUCGGGACCCGGUUUGGCCUUCCUCGUGUAUCCGUCCGCUGUACUGCAGAUGCCCGGAGCGCCUAUGUGGUCCUGUCUCUUCUUUUUCAUGCUGCUGUUGAUCGGUCUAGAUAGCCAGUUCUGCACAGUCGAGGGCUUCAUCACGGCGGCGGUGGACGAGUGGCCGCGACUGCUGCGAAAAAGAAAGGAAAUAUUCAUAGCGAUCGUCUGCUUCCUAUCCUACAUAAUCGGUCUCUCUUGCAUUACCGAAGGCGGCAUGUACGUCUUCCAGCUUCUCGACUCUUACUCCGUAAGCGGUUUCGUCCUGCUCUUCCUCAUGUUCUUCGAGUGCGUCUCCGUCUCGUGGGCUUUCGGCGUUAAUCGCUUCUACGACGGCAUACGCGACAUGAUCGGCUAUUACCCCUGCUUCUGGUGGAAGAUUUGCUGGACCGUCACCGUUCCAGCCAUUUGCUUGGGCGUCUUCACGUUCAACGUCGUGAAAUUCAGUCCGGUAAAGUACCUCGAUUACGAGUACCCCUGGUGGAGCCACGUACUCGGCUGGAUGAGCGGACUCUCGUCGAUGCUCUGCAUACCCGGCUACGCGAUUUACCUCUGGUGCGUCACCCCCGGAACGGCAGCCGAGAAAUUCCGGAAACUGGUCAGGAUAGACGACGACAUAGCGACUCUCCGCGAGAAGCUCAACCCCAUCAAAGCCGCCGAGAUCAAGUCUCAGUUCAAUCUGUAGAGAGGCUGGCUGAGAGACAAAGUUGAGUUACCACUUUUUCUGUAACGUACAAUUGCUGUACUGCCGAGUAGCGAGAGAGAUCGAUGUCGCCGGAGAAAAAAGAGACCAAAAACUACGUCGCCAAAGAUGUGUACUACGGAAUAUAUCUCUCUUUACGCAUUAUGAUGUAAUAGAUAUUAUGAUUUUUAGGGAAUGUUUUAUAGCGCGCGACCAUUCCAUUUUUAAGGGCAUUGCUCGAAGGUUUUAUUUUCUUAACUUUUGCUCAGUGCGCCUUUGAAAAUGGACGACGGAUUUUUAUAUUUAAGAUAGAGAGACCUGUCGAUAAACUAGCAUUUCGUAUAUUAUACGCUUUAGAGUCUAUUAUUAAGAGUUGACGAGCAGUACCUUCGAUUUGACAAUCUUUGACACACGCCUGUUAUGAGAAUUAUAUAUAUAUAUAUAUAU